AUGGAAGCAUGCACAACCACGGAGCACGACGAUGAGAGCAAAGUGGCCUGUUCUGUCGAGGAGCUCUGCACAAGUCAAGGCUACGAUCUGAAAGGAAAUCCUGUGGCGUGGGAUUUGUCUACUCAAGAUGGGCGAUGGCUCCACUGGCGAGAUAUGAAAGUCCGGAAAGGCCAAUACCGCAGCAUGAAGAAACCAGAACUUGCCGAACUUGACCGGCGUUAUCCCUACGAUCCGCGAAGACCAGCUCCAGUGAACCUGCGGGAACACCGAGACGCCCAUGAGUUAUGCCACGUCAUUACUGCGCCAUAUCCUAUGAACAAAGUGACGGAUAUCACGUCCACCGAGACUGCGAUAGAUGCGGGAAUUCUCAAGCCAUGGGCAGCAGAUGCAGUAAAUAGACCACACGAGGAGAAACCCUCAGGAAAAUCAAGAGACCGUCCCUCAUCCAAGCGCAAAUCCAAAUCGCAACUUCAGGAUGCGAUCAUGACAAUGGCUGCCAGUCGCAGUGCGACCCAAGAUGCAAGACAGGCUGCUUCUAUGAAUACUGGGGCACAGCGUUUGGAACGUAGACUGCAGUCGGACAUAAGUCGCCUGGAUGCACGUUCGCUCAUUCAAGCAACCUUACAUUCUCGACCACAGACGGGCACAGCGGAUCCGAGGGCAUUACCGGCCGACAAAUGCCAUACGUCAAUGUGUCAGAAACUGCGAAACCGAAGCAGAGCUUACGACAAUGUCACCGAUGGUGAUGGAGAACUCAGAUCGAAGACAGCAUGUACCAGCAGUGAAUGUCGUCAGUCACCAGCCGAGCAGAUCAGUUAUAGAUCAGAACAUGAGAAGACGCGUUCUUUACUCAUUGAUAUCUCAUCCACACCCAAGGACGAGGAAAUCCGAGACGAUCAAUCUGAAGACAUGCCCGUCACGGCUUUCAUACGAUGCAGGCGACUCGCAUACUUCGCCGAGAAAGAAAAGCGUGAAGCCGGCACCGAUGGUAGUCCCAAGGAACUGGACACACCACGAAACAUUGCAGGGCUGAUGCAAGACGCUGGCAUGACGACUCGGCUGGGCCACGACUCGGCCCUCGAUUCGUCCCAGUCUCAUCUCCGGAGAUGCACUUCCUCAAUCACUACUAGAGCCAAGAGCACGGAUACACGUCCCUCGCCCUCAUCCCCCAAAGCCUACAGUCCCAACUCACACCUGAUUGAGCUUGCCACCCUUGACCAAACAAUGCACACAGUCCCUGUGGCCGCCGCACCCUCCGAACUCGAGGGCUCUGCCGUCACCAUAGUCUCGGAGCUGCCAGUGGCCGCCGCACCCUCCGAACUCGAGGGCUCGGCUACCACCCUGGUCUUGGAGCCACCUCAAGUCCCCCUGACCCUCCUCCCAGACAUGUCCUCCGAAGAGCGGCCACGCGACGAGGACCCACGUAUUAUGCCCAUUCCACGCAUGUACAACUUCGCCUUCGACCCACGGCAACUGCGCGAUCUGGCUGUGAUCAAGGAGGGCGGCAAUGGGUGUGCAAUCGAUGGGUACGAGUUUGAAGUGUACGAGAACGACGGGGAGGGCGAGUGGAUCGGUAGUGGACUGACUGGCUCGCCCUUCCCGACUCGUGGAAUAUCCCGGGCUGGAAACUCUCAUGGGCUCAUUACGAGCAAGACUAAUGACGGUGGCUACGAGGUCGGCAGAGGCGAUGAGGAAGGGCUGUUGAACGAGCUACCUGGCUUGUGA